AUGGAUCCGGAGCCGCCGCAGACGGGCGACGCCGUUCCCGUGGCCUCCGGCAGCCCGGACGCGGCCCUGCUGACGGACACGCGUGAAGGCGCGGGAGGUGGCGGUGACGGCGCGCCCCGCGUGGCCCCGGGGCGGGAGCUGGACGACGCGCCCCGACCCCAGGAGGACUCCCCCUCGCCGGAGCCGCAGCUCGUUAGGCCUCCGCAAGCCAUGGAGGGGCUCGGACGGGAGCGGCCAGACGGACCCCCCCAGAGUGGGGCUGACUACAGCUUCCUUGUGAGCCAGAACAUGAAGCUCCUGAGCGCACUGGAGGACCUGCGGCACCGCUGCUCCAGCCUCACCGAGGAGAACAGCUUGCUGCGCAGGAGCUGCUUCCCCGAGACCGAGGAGAAGGUGAAGCACCUAAAGAGGAAAAACGCAGAGCUGGCGGUGAUCGCCAAACGACUGGAGGAGAGAGCCCGAAAACUGCAGGAGGCCAACCUCAAAGUCGUAACUGCUCCAGUGCCCCUGAAGGGUUCCAGCCUGGAGCUGUGUAAAAAAGCAUUUGCCCGCCAGCGUGCCAAGGACUUGACAGAGCAAGCCAGUGCUCUUCUGGCAAAAGACAAGCAGAUUGAAGCUCUGCAGCAGGAGUGCCGGGAGCUGCAGGCUAAGCUCAUUGCAGGGAAGGGUGACCCUCGCUGCCUGAACGUGGUGGAGUUCGACCGGCUGCUGCGGGAAUCCCAGAAAGAAGUGCUGCGGCUGCAGAGGCAAAUCGCUCUGAAGAACUUCAAGGACUGCCUGCGCUCCUCCAAAAGCGGCUCGGGGGGCUCCUCGCCGAGCGCCGCCGUCCGCCCGGGCCCGGCGCCGAACGCCCGCGGCAAAGACUCACCCGCAGCGAAGGAGGUGGAACCAGGUGUGCUACCUCUGGGCCCUGCCUUGGAAGGACAUGAAAACUUCCCUCCAAAAAAUGCAGUAACAGACCAAGAGAGCAGCCAACAGAUACAGCAGCUGGAAUUUGAACUCAAGAAAAAACGCAAAAAAUGUGAAAACCUUGAGCAUGAAGUGAGGAAAAAGCAUAAAAGAUGCAAAGAACUCGAGAUCCAGCUGCAGGAGGUACAGAGUGAAAAUGCACGACUGGCCGAGGAGAACUUGCAACUGAAUGAGAAGGCCGGAUGGGCAGGACAGGUUGAAUCUGAAAAUGCUGACCUGAAGCUGCAGGUUGUUUUGGUUACUAAGGAACGGGAUUCAGUAAUUCAGAGAAAUCAAGGACUUCAAACCAAGCUGGAGAAUCUAGAGCAGGUGCUGAAGCACAUGAGAGAUGUGGCUGAGCGAAGGCAGCUGCUGGAAGCCGAACACAAGGAAGCACUGCUAGUCCUGCAGGAGAAGCAAGAGGAAGUCAGGCGGUUGCAGCAGGCACAGGCAGAGGCAAAAAGAGAACAUGAAGGAGCAGUACAGCUUCUAGAGGCUCGGGUGAAGGAUCUAGAAGACCAAUGCCGCAGUCAAACAGAGCAGUUCAGCCUUCUGUCUCAGGAGCUCAAACAAUUCCGACUUCAGACAGGAAAAAUUGACCUUCUCACCUCCACACUUGUGACUUCUGAACUUCCUCUUGCGCUGUGCAGCUCUACCCCACAGCCUCACUGGGAGAAGGAUUCAUCUGGUCCUGCAUUGCUUGCUCACCAGAACACAAAGAAGGUUCACAAUGAGGAGACCAAUGAGUCGGAGUCGUCACAGCGGGUGCCUGAGGCUGCUGCUGGCUCCCCAGUUUCUGUUGCCAGUUCUCAGAAACAAGCCAAGAAAGUCGAAUCUCAGUCGAGCUCUUCAAAAUCAGAAUCCAUGCAGAACAGCUCCAAAUCCUGCCCAACACCAGAGGUGGACACUGCAAGUGAAAUGGAAGAACUGGAUGUUGACAGCAUCUCUCUGAUGCCAGAGCCAGGCAGCCAAGGCCCUGCGAAGCUCCAGGUCUUCUUGGCUCGAUACAGCUACAAUCCUUUCGAUGGACCUAAUGAAAAUCCAGAGGCAGAGCUUCCACUAACUGCUGGAGAGUACAUUUACAUCUAUGGAGACAUGGAUGAAGAUGGCUUCUUUGAAGGGGAGCUGAUGGAUGGCCGGCGAGGGCUGGUCCCCUCCAAUUUUGUUGAGCGAGUUUCAGAUGAUGACCUCAUGACGGUUCUGCCUUCGGAGCUGAAUGAUCUCACCCAUAGUUCAUACCAGGAGAAAAGUUUUGUCAGUGCAAGCACCAGCAGUGGAGAUAAGAGUGAUUUCUCCAUUGAAGAGAGUAGCAUCAGUCCGUUGGUCAGUAGAGCAGAAGGAGACCGGGAGGAACGUGUUAGUCACACAGCAGUGCCUUACCCGAGAAAACUGACUCUCAUCAAGCAGCUUGCCAGAAGCGUAGUUGUAGGCUGGGAACCACCGCUGUUGCCUGCUGGCUGCCCAGACAUACAGAGCUACAAUAUCUAUGUGGAUGAAGAGCUACGUCAAAAUGUGAAGAGUGGCUUUCAGACCAAAGCAGUGAUUGAAAAGCUGGAUUUAAAGACAAAGGCUUACCGUGUGUCUGUGCAGAGUGUGACAGAGAAGGGCAGUUCUGAUAAACUGCGAUGCACUUUCUUUGUGGGGCAAGAUCUGUGUGUGGCACCGACUGUGCUGAAAGUCAGAAGCGUCACUGCCACGUCAGCAGAGGUCACGUGGCUUCCCUGCAACAGCAAUUACAACCACGCAGUGUAUCUGAAUGGGGAGGAGUGUGACAUAACAAAACCAGGGGUCUACUGGUACACCUUCUGCAACCUGCAGCCCAACACUCAGUAUGUUGCCAAGCUGGUGGCCCGUCCCUUGAGAGCACUGUGGGAAGAGGUCUCAGAGGGGCAGGAGCAGAACUCAGCUGUGAUACACUUCACUACCCCACUAGCAGGCACACCUGAUGCUCCUCUGGAUGUCCAGGUAGAAGUUGGUCCCUCUCCAGGAAUCCUUGUUAUCAGCUGGUUACCUGUCACUAUUGAUGCUGAAGGAUCUUCCAACGGAGUUCGAGUCACCGGUUACGCUGUGUAUGCGGAUGGACAGAAGGCAAUAGAAGUUACUUCUCCAACGGCCGGGAGUGUCCUUGUGGACCUGUCCCAGCUUCAGAUGUUCCAGGCGUGCCGGGAGGUUUCUGUGAGAACAAUGUCCCCGUAUGGAGAAUCAGUGGAUUCAGUUCCAGCCCAGAUUUCCUCAGUCUUGCUGAGAGCCUCUCAUUGUUCUUCACCUUCAGAUUCUGCUGGUUCUACUACUUUUACCUCUAGACUGCCCUGUGGGGAAUCCAAGGGCUCUCUGCCUGCACGCAGCCCACCCACGCACCACAUGGCUGCUCUCCUGCUUCAACAAAAAGUCCCCACUGGUAGCUCAGAUGCCAAAUUGACUGAUCUCUCCUCCAGCCACGAUGGCUCAGCACGAUCUCUGCCAGAGAAAGCCUCUUCGCUGCUGCAGCUCUCUUUGUCCAGCGCUCCCUUGGUGCACACCUCAGGCACUUCCCUGCUGGGAUCAGAUGCUGCACAAGACAAGAAAUGCCUGACUGUGCCUCCUCAGCAAGCAGGCAGCACAAAACUCCUGGGUGAGGGCACAGAGCCUGUCUCCUCGAGGGAAGCAGAAUUAGAAAGCCUGGGUGAAGGGACAGAAGUGCUGCUGGAGCAAAACAUAACCAAAAUGCCAGAGCUAGAAAGCCCAACUAACGGUAGCCUGAAGAUACGCAUGGAGACCUGCCAUACGUGCUCUGUGGAGUCACCAAAAAGUCCCAGUGCUGAAAGAGAGACAGAAGCAAAGGAGAAGAACUUGAGCCCAGAGCCCCUGCCCUCCCCCGACCUGGCUGAGGAGAUGGAGGGCACCUCCCAAGAGGCAAACAUGGCUGGAAGCAGCUGCCAGGAGUUCCUGAGGUUAUCACCUAGCAAGGAGGUGAUGAAAGAAAUGUCCAGAGUGAAAAGAGAGCAAGAAGAAAAAAUGUCUGAAAUAGGAAGACGACAGCUGACUCUUUCUGCUGAGCACAACCGUAGUUCAGACCUUUCAGAUAUAUUGGAGGAGGAAGAGGAAGAUGAACUGUCUUCAGAAGCUCUGGAUGAGAAGAAAUGGGAUCCAAGAGAGCCCUGUUACAGGGAGAAUGGGGAGAAGAUGGAUCUUUGUGAUACUGACAGCGAUGAGGAGAUUCUGGAAAGGAUACUAGAGCUCCCACUUCAGAAGAACCACAGCAAGAAAUUGUUUAGCAUCCCUGAAGUGACUGAGGAUGAGGAUGAGGAUGAGGAUGAGGAUGAGGAUGAGGAUGAGGAUGAAGAUGAGGAUGAGAAGUGUGUUACAGAGGAAAAGGAAAAUCCUCAAGGCUCCUUGGAAGCACCUACGUACAUUGCAGAAAGGUCUGAGAAACCACUAAGCACCCAGGAUCCAUUUCCAAAGGCAGAUGGUAGUGAUUCCUCCCCCGAUCCGUCUGCUCAGACUGCACGGGAGGAGCAGACUGCUAAGGAGAGUAGAGGGAGUGCUGACCACAUGAGCCCCAGCUGGAGUCAGAAAAGGGCAAACUGGAACUGGGGCUACCAACAGAAUGAUCUGAAGUCCGAGAGUGGGGAAAGCCCCACUCGGAGCAAGAAGAAGGGAAAUAACUAUCGAGAGAAGAUGCGGGGUCGACCUGAGAUGGGUAGGAAGAGACAGAAUGAUUCCACAGAGCACUGCAGUCGUCUGCUGGGCAACUGCAGCCAGAUGGGAGGCGGGUUGUACAGAGCUCCCAGCCUCCAGGAGGAGCUGAACAUUGUGAGCAGCUCUGCUGGUAAGGAGGGGUUUGAUGCAUACACUCGUGCUAGGCAAAGCGCCUCUCGAAGAAACUAUGGGAAAACAGUGGUUUCAGGGUUUGCAGAACCUGCUGGGAUGGCAGCACGCUGCUCCAGCUCCGGGAGCCUGGAAAUAGACAUUGAGUAUGACUCUGAAGACGAUCAGGAUUCGACCUGUUCAUCCCCUCCUGAGAGCAGGCUGUGGCCAGAAGGGGCCCAGAACUGUCAGGGGGAAUGGAGCGAUUGCUCCAGUCAAUCUGAAGUUAUCCACACAGAUGGCAGAAGGAACCUGACCAGACUGGAGAGAGUAGAAGAGCAGGGUAUGGAGUGGGCUGGGUCUCCAAGCUGGCGGCUGCGAUCCUUCUGCCAGGAGAAGGAAGCACUGAGGUGUGAGAGCAGCUCUGAGGAGCAAGGCUGGGAGCAGGACUGUAAGUCACCUGGCUGGAGAAGGAGGCUCGAACAUCCUUGGAAGGGGAUACGUAGCACCUCCUUGCACAAAAGGGCAUCUGGUAAUAAAGAUCCUAGGGGCCAGGAGCUGCCUGGCUCAGCUACCUGGCAGACUCCCAGCAGAAGAGGGAGCAGGAGCUUAAGAAGAUGCCAAAUGCAGAAGCCUUUGCUUUCCAGUCCAGGUCCUCCAAGGAGCUCUGCUUCAGAAACCACGGUUAAAGAUGAUGGCAUAAGAAUAUUUGUGGCCCUGUUUGAUUACGAUCCUGUUUCCAUGUCUCCUAACCCUGAUGCGGCAGAAGAGGAGCUCCCAUUUAAGGAGGGGCAGAUCCUGAAGGUGUGCGGAGACAAGGAUGCUGAUGGCUUCUACAGGGGUGAAUGUGCAGGAAGAGAGGGAUACAUACCCUGUAACAUGGUAUCUGAAGUCCAGGUGGAGAAUAAUGAAAUCAAGAUGCAGCUCCUAAAGCAAGGGUUUCUUCCUGCUGACCCACCAACGGACAGCAUAGGAAAUGGCACAUUUUCUCCACCUCCACGCCGCCAAACCGUCCCUCCUCCAAAACCCAGACGCUCCAAGAAAGAACUAGAUAAACAGGAGAAGUACAAGUCUCAUCCAGGACAGAAGCAUCAGGACUUUGAAGCUGAACUGCUGACUCCUCGAAGUAUGGUGGCUGUCUUCGACUACAACCCUAAGGAGAGCUCGCCAAAUGCAGAUGCAGAGGCUGAACUGACUUUCAGUGCAGGGGACAUUAUCACUGUGUUUGGGUCCAUGGAUGAUGAUGGAUUCUACUAUGGAGAGCUGAACCAGCAGAGAGGGCUUGUCCCGUCUAACUUUUUGGAAGCUGUAACCUCAGAUGGAGACGUGGCUGAGGAGCUUCACUCAAAAGAUAAAGACACUUUUUUGCUGGGCGCUGAGAGCCAGUUAAAUCCAGAUGGAUCUGUUGAUCACAGUGACUUCUCACCGACUCCUCCUGCACCACCUUCCUGCCUUGCCACGGGCGAGCAGCGUCCAGAGCGGGCAUCGCUGGCUGUUCUCAAAUGCAGCGACUUACCUGCUCAGAGUAAAAAGAAGAGAGGCUUCUUCAUCAAAGGAAAAAAGCUCUUCAGAAAACUUGGGUCCAGUAAGAAAGACUAACAAUGGAUUUAUCGCCAUGUGUGGACUGCCUGUGCAAUCCACACAGGCACUGACAAUUCAGGAGAAGCCCUGGCAAUAAGCUGAUUAGAGUAUUUUCAUAGCAGAAAAGUUCUAUUGAAUAGAGGAAGCUCCUCAGCAGGUGAGCUGCAUGCUCUGCUGAGAGCUCAGCCACGGGUGCCCCCCCAGGUGGGCAGCGGCUCUGGAAGUGUCACGGCACUGAGGUGUGUGAGGCCCAGGCUUUAGGAUGCAGCUUCCUCCACAGUAGGGCGUCCUGCUCCUCGCAGCCCUCGAUGCACCGGUUCCCUGUAAAUAUUUUAAUUUAAGAAAUAUACUCUGGCUGUAAGUUAGCUCAAUGGCUUUUCCCAACAAAGCCCCAGCCCCUUAGGAAGAGCUCCCUUGUACUACACCCCUGGUAUUUCUCUGGUCCAAAGGAGGUUGUGUCGAGUCCUUCACUUCCUGCAAAGAAAAUUUGCACUUUUCCUGUGAAUCCCCUUUGCUGUCUCUGGGCUGACAAGUGAGUUAUUUGUACUGUAAACCUGUAAAUACGCAGCUGUGCCUAGGAGCAUCCCACACUGCCUCAGUCGUGUUUCAGCACGGAUUCCCAUGGAGGAAGGGGCGACACCCAGGAGGGGGUCGAUGCUUCUGCCAAUGGCGAGGGCUGCUGUAAGCUGCUCUUGGCUGGCUCGCCGUGACCACGCGCCGGCUGGGGACUCCGCCUUAUUUAUUUAUUUCUCUAUUUAUUUAUUUAUGUAUUUAUUUUGUUUUUUGUCCACCUCUCUCACCAUUUCACUCGGCUGUUUCAGUGCGCUGCUCCUCACUUGUUGGAGCGUUUGGAGAGCAGAGCUGGGGAUGGAGAGUUUGCAGCUGUUUCCAUAUGAGAUGAUGCGUUCCUUCAGUUCAGUCACAUCCCUUUCUAAGCCACGGAGUUUUGUACGACAUGGUUUCUAUCCUUUGCUAUGUUUUUUUCUUUGCAUGUUUCAGUGGGUACUUGUUUUGAGAAGGACAGUUAUGUGAGGUAUGUGAAUGAUGCCAGCACAGUGUCCACAGAUGUUGGUGAUAAGGUAUGUUUUUAUUUAAUAUCAAAUUUUAUUAUAAUAAAGUCUAUUUUCACAAAAAUACAUUUUCCUUA